AUGGAAAAUGUGAGUUUUUUACAUUGUCUUUUGAUCCGUUGUUUUCCUUAUUCAGAACUGUGUUUGGUUGAGUGUCCUACCGGGAGUUAACGCACAGUACGAGCGAAGUCGCCCGCUAACUCUGCCUCUAUAGGGUCGAUCCUAAUGAAUUCUCAUGACCUAGGGCAUGAUAAUUCACCACCAAUUAUGUUCUUUUCGUUAUUUAUGAUGUGCCAGUUGUUAGAAGCCCUAAUAACAAUUCUGUCCGGAAUCUACGCAGACAGUUAAACAAGUCCGAGCAGAAUCUGCGUAGACGUUGUCCCACCUAAUCUGCGUAGAAUUUGUGCAGAGUCUGCGCAGCUAGCUGAACCUUAACUACUAGACACCUUUUGAGCAGAUGUCCCGCCAGUCCUAGCGCGACGCGAUAAAAGUAAAUCCAGUCGCCAUUGACUGCUAUAGCUAGUAUGCUGACUGUCCUAUAGGGUUGCCUGUCUUUGUUGAUUUCACAUAUUCUUCUGUUUGGUUGGCAGACAAAGAAUGCUCUGUUACGGACGCGGAGAUUUUUCUCAAACAGACUGCUCUCCCGUAAACAGAUGAUUGUGGAUAUUAUUCACCCCGGACGUCGGGCCCUUUCGCGGGAGGCUAUCUGUGAUUUACUGGCCAGGAAGUUCAAAACUACGUCGGACGUUGUAUUUGCCUUUGGCUUCCGCACGAAGUUUGGUGGUGGGAAGUCUUCGGGGUUCGUGAACGUUUACGAUUCAGCUGACUUUGCGAUAAAGUUCGAACCGAAGCAUCGCCUUCUUCGCGUAAGUUGCGCAUUUAAAAUUCACGGUUUUAUAGAACGGUCUGCUGGUAGUAACAGAGAGAAAGGCACGCGUGCUGCGGAAGAAAACGAAGAACGAAAUGAAGAAUAUCCGUGGUAUAGCCAAGUUGACCGGAAUUCCGAGGCAAAAGAAGUCGAAAAAUUAA